AAUACAAGUAGGCUAUAAACCUGUGAAGCUGCCUGUUUGUUUUGGUUUCUUGGUUCGUCUGUAAUUCAAAAUGAGUUUAUUCCAACAACGUAAAUUAUUAAUAGACGCUCUUUUGCGACAUUGUUCAAAUAAAUGUAUGCCCGAAAAAUUAGUAAAACCUCUUAAUCAUGGCGUUUUGAAAACAAGUUGUAGAAAUAUCUCAAGCAACGGUCAAUGGUCGGACGAUGAAGUUCGGAAAAUGAGACUCAUGAAAAGGGUAGGUGCUGGCCUACUAUUCAGUGCAACCCUUGGAUUGGCGAUUUACAGCAAAAGGAAUAAAGCCCAAAGGCUUAGAGAUAGUUUGGAGGAUUGUGAAAGAUUACCACCCGAUCCUGACUACACAUCUUCAAUGGGUUCUGAGUUCUACAGGUGCAAAUCCUGUAUCUUUCCUGGUGACAUAAUCAAAUCUGGAACAUUGAAAAAAUUAGAAUCUCUUGAACUAAAACAUAAUGACAUUAUUGUUGCUAGCUUCCCAAAGUCAGGAACAACAUGGAUGCAAGAAAUUGUCUACCUGAUUCAAACUGGAUUGGAUUUCGAAGGAGCUCAGAAACAAGUUCUUGAAACAAGAUUCCCAUAUCUAGAACAUCCUUAUCCUGGGCUUGCUUCUAUCAAGAAAACAGAGGGGCCACGUUUCAUCAAGACCCACUUGCCCAUUUCUCUGCUACCAAAAUCUGUGAUGGAAAAUGGAACAAAGGUGAUUUACAUAGUAAGAAAUCCAAAAGAUGUUGCAGUGAGUUACUAUUAUUUUCUGCGCAUGGCAACUUUUGUCGGUUAUCGUGGAGGAAUGAAAGACUUUGUCAACAAGUUCAUUAAAGGCGACGUGCCCUACGGUCCAUAUUUCGAGCACGUUCUUGGAUAUUGGAAGCAACAUCAGAGCGAGUCGAACAAUAACCUUUUAUGGAUUACUUAUGAGGACAUGCAUCGAGAUCCGGAAGGCUCUAUUCGCCGUGUUGCCCAGUUUCUUGAUCGUCCUCUGACUGAUGCUCAGGUCCGACUUAUCGCUGCUCAUACCCGGUUUGAAUCAAUGGCUGGAAAUCCAUCAGUCAAUUACUCUCACUGGGAUGAUUUAGGUCUACGGAAUAAGAACGAAGCGCCUUUUAUGAGAAGUGGUCGGGUUGGAGACUGGCGCCGCAGCUUCGACGCAGACACUAAUCGCCGCUUCGAUGAUUUUAUUCGUCAACAUAUCGAAAGCAGCGAAUUGAAGUUCGAUUAUCUUCCAGCCGAUGAGUAGAAAUGCUAACUAAGCCAAUCACGAAAUGGCUAUUAGUCCGGACGAAUGUACACAGCCAUUUCUAGUCAAAUUCACCAGUGUACAAACCUAACACAGAUUUGACGAAUAUCGGGAAAAAUAAAUGCUAAAAUAGGAUACUCCCUAGAAAUUGGCCAAAUUUGUAACAAGUGUAUUCUAAAAUCGAAUUUCGUUUUUUGGCAAUUUUUUUUGUCGGAAUAUACUGUGUGUAUGUGUGUGUGUGAUUGUGUGAUAACCAAUCAAAAUGUAUGCCCUUUAGGUA